AUGUCAUCGGUCCUCUCUGCGCUGAGGUCAGAAAAGCCGCACUCGUCCAUCUCCGACUGGAUUGAACGGCUCAGUGGCGAGAAUUACGCCCUUGACGAGUUGGAUGGCAUCCCAGAACUCGUCGAUUCGAUCAACCUACAAGCAACCGGGCCGACGGAAGCAUCGAGGGCGAUCAGGAAGAAGCUGAAAUACGGCAAUGUACACCGUCAAAUACGUGCAAUCACGAUCUUGAAGGCUCUGGUCGAGAAUGGAGGCUCUAGAUUCCAGAAGACAUUUGCCGACGAGCGCCUGGUCGAACAACUUCGAGCAAUGAGUACAAACCCGCAUACGGAUGCAAAUGUCAAGAAGCGCCUCGUUUCACUAUUCGGAGGCUGGCAUAGAGAGUUCAAGGAUGUGCCAUCCAUGCGUGUGGUGGCAGGACUAUAUUCGACAGUGAAGCCGACACACCGACAAACACCAUCACUCAAUACGAAUACCGCUUCGAUGGAGGCGGCUGCGGCCGAGCGUGCACGUAAGGCAAAGGAAAAGGAGGAUCGAAAGACAAAGGAGAGAGAAGCCGAGGAAGAACGUCGUAAACAAAGACAGGUUGCUGCUGCAAACAAAUCUCGGCCCACAGCCAACAAGCAGAGGAAGCCGUUCAACUUUGAACAGGAGAAGCCGGCUAUUCUCACCUCAAUUGCCAAUGCCUCCCAGUGCACGAACAAUCUUAUCAAUGCCUUGAAGCUUGUCAAUAGAGAGAAAGAGAGUAUUCAGGAUAAUCCACGUGUGCAGGAGACUCUUACUGCCGCGAAGGCCGCACGCAAGCAAGUUGUACGCUACAUCCAGCUGGUCGAAAAUGAAGAGCUCAUUGGAACUCUUAUCGACACCAACGAACGAAUCAUUGCAGCACUGGACAUGUACGAUACGCUUCUGAAAACGGCUGAUGAAGAUUCUGAUGAGACGCCUCCGGCGAGUGCGGUGGAAAGUACCGAAGCUGGUCCAAACUGGGCGAGAUCUUCCAGUGCCAGCAUCAGCGGGCAACUAGAAAGAUUACAAGAGAAGCAACGUGUAGCAGUAGAGCGCGCCAAAGCUCGUGCGAAUGCCCACCCAGACCUGCAAGACCUCAAUUUCGAUGAGGGAUCUAGACUCCCUCCACCGAUCAAACCUUCAGCCCCUGGUUCAACCAAUCACAGAAAUAAUGACCACGGCUCGCUUUCCGACUUCAGUGAUUACGAGUCAUCUUCCGAUGAGGCUCCUCGUGCUUCGACAUCAACUGGACGUCCGUCCACAUCGUCUAAGUUUGAUUACAAGAACAAAGGAAACAUCUAUGAUGACUAUGAGUCUGGAGAUAAUACCCAGAAUCUCUUGGACGACGAGGAUCCGUUUGCGGAUCCCUUCGCGGACCAGAACAGUGAUGUGGGGACGCCAGGAAUUCCCGAGAAGGGCCAACCAAAAUGGCAAGUUGCUCAUAUAGACUAUGAUAAGCAAGCUUAG